AUGGAUGAUCAAAUAGCAUACAACCCUCAUAUUACCAGGUUAUUGACAAAGAAGGACCAUGAUUUUAUCAUAUUCCCAAGUGGUAAGAAGGUACCAAAGCCAUUGUUAAAGAGUUCAAUUCCAACGACAUUGAAUGCUCGCGCUCCAGUUGUUAUACGUGGCGAGGGCCUCAAGCCAUUCCCAGGCAUGUCAAAGUAUUUGUCCGUCCAGUUCAUUCCAGACUCAUCGGUCGGCGAGAAAGAGCCACGGAAUGUGCCCACCAUCGACAUCAACCCAUGUUGUGAUAAGUGUGUAAUGGUCGUUGUGCCGGACCUCAUGCCCGGCACGUACAACGUGCGCGUCGGAUUCAACUGCAAGAAGAUGGAGCAAGCCUUCCAGAAUGACAAGGUCAUUCAAUCAAUCCACCUUGCGCCCAUGACCGACAAUGAGCAGGAUGGUGCAGCCCAUGCCAAGCAGACACAGGCACAGCAGCAGCAACAAUCAACUACAUCAACAUCCUCGUCCUCCACAACCACAACUACCACCACUACCAAUGGACAGACAUCAGAAGGAGAGGAGAUUCAUAUUGAUCUUACGACUGUUGAGCAUACUGAACAAGUUCAUCAAGACGCGCAUCAACAUCAUUCUCAUAAUCAGCAGCAACAACAGUCGCAACAACAACAACAUGUGGAUGUCGUAAUGACUGAGAGUGCGGGUCAGGAGAUGGAGGAGUCCUCAGGUCUUCAGAUAUCUGAGGAGCAACACGAUGAACACACUCAUGAGCAACAACAACAACAACAACAGGCCGCUCAGCAGCAACAACAACAACAACAUACUGGCAUUGAGAUUGCCGAUGUUACUCAAAUCAAUGAUACCGAUCAGCAGCAACAACAGCAUCAUGAGCAGCCACAAACACAGCAACAUCAGCAUGAGCAACAUACCCAUGAGCAGUCGGCACAGGACCAGCAGCAACAUCAGGAGCAACACACUCAUGAGCAACAUACUCACGAACAGUCCAAUGGAACGUUGGUGGUGGAUAGCGGCGAGGCCAGUCCAAGCCUGCCUACAACAACCACGACAACCACCACUACCACGACCACAACAACUACAUCCACUCCAGUGGCGAACAACAACGUGGCGGCUAGUGUCACGACCACAAUCACACAUUUUGAGACCGAGGAGGACUACCUCGUCUGGAGCAACUUGCUCGUCGUCGUCGUGGAGCUGGCCAGACACGAGCGCAUCACUGGCAACAAGAGACAGGCUGGCAACACGCCAAGCAAGCGCAAGAAGGUCAAGGCCAGCAAGGCGGGAGAGGUCGUCCCACCGCCCCAGCAGCUCAACGAGGAGCUGUUCAACCAGAUCCUCUCUGGCGACGUGGAGAAUGUGCGCCAGUUUGUCGAGAGCAGGACGCAGGAGCCAGGCAAGGUCGUCUUUGACUUUGACAAGCGCGACGAGGACGGCUUCACGCCACUGCACUACGCAUGCGGCCUACAACUGGAACGGCCUGGUCGAGCCAACAACACCAACGCCGUCCAGCAGCUGCUGUUGCACGGCGCCGACCAGUACGUGCCCAACUUCUCCGUACAGUACCCCGUGGAGAUGGCCUACGAUAAGGGCUACAGCCACAUCGGAGCCACGCUGCAGGGCGUCAGCGAGAGCGAGUACAAGAAGCAGAACGACACGUUCGAAACUUCGUCGCUGGGAAUCCUGGCCACCACAUCCAUGCAGAACGACGACCCGAUCAACCCCGACUACAAGCUGCUGCUCAAGCAUGGCUACGAGCCAUACAAGCCAUCGGACAGCUUCCCAUUCAAGUCGGGCAUCGUCGAGAAGCACAACACUGUCAAGUUCAUACAGCAGGCCGAGAAGCUCGGCCUGACGCACGAGCACCGCUCGGCGCUGAUGGAGGCGUUCAAGUCGCUGAGGACCCUCAGAUACCGUCUGUUCUGGAUCAUGCUUACCAAUCCGCUGUUCAUCAAGUUCUGUCAGUGGGACCACGAAGGCAUCCACUUCAUUGUGCACAACAGCAAGGCAUUGCUCGAUGUCCUCGGCCUCUACUUUGGCCUGCGUGGCAGCAACUCUGCCAUCGACUGGAUGAGCCAUCUGGCGCGCAGAAAGAGCCCUCUCAAGAAGGAUCAUUUGAGCGGUGUGAUUGGCGGAGGAGACGUGUGGACCAAUCUGCGACGAGAGACAUUCAACGCACAGACCAAUCUGGACAAGAUGAAGGACGUCACAUCAGAGAAGAAGGACAAGACCCCAAGGAAGGGCAAGAAGGACGCCGCUGGUUCACCAUCGGGCAGUCUGUCAAUGGACGACUCUCAGUCGAUCAAUGAGGGUGGUCUUGAACUUACGACCUCUCAAGACCUCUCAGUACUGGACAAGUCUGUCUCAAGUUUGAGUGGUGCCACCCAGGAUGACUCAUUGGAGUACACCACCAUGACCAGCGAGGAAGCUGCCGCUCAACUUAUCUCCAACGACCAACAACAGCAACAACAACAACAGCAACAACAGCAGCAGCCACAGACCACCCAGCAACAAAUCCACGACUCGUCAGCGAAUGAGCAUCAUACACAGAGUAACGCGCCAAUGUCAGACGAGGUUGAAAUGGUGGAGUCUGAGCAACAAUCCGAGCAACAGCAACAGCAACAGCAGCAACAAUCAGAGCAACAACAACAACCGGUUGAGAACAUCUUGGGUGGCGAAGAGGGUGUCGUCUCCAAUGUAGUCGUGGAUGAUGAAGAUAUGGUGCCAUCUCCCGAGAUGAUCAAUGAGGAAGAUGAAGACACUGAUCAUCAUGAGGCCAGCUAG